GGGCCGCCCAGCGCCGCCAGUGGUGCGGCCCGCUGAAUGAGGAGGAGCGGCGGUGGGGGGAGCUGCUCCACUGCGGCUCAGCCGGGGCAUUCAUUCGCUGUCAGGUGAUAGAGAGGCGGCGGCAGGGACGGGGCUCUUUCCAAACCCAGUCAGACUGACCAUCUCUGCUCAUCCGCUCGCUGCAUCUGCCGGGGUCGCAUCUCGCCCGUCGCCGUGACAUGGGAGACGGACACGCACGGCCAGCGUUCAGGGCGCUCUGCGGUCAGGCCACGGAGCGGUUGCGCUCUCGCUAAACGCCAGCGGCGGCUCUGCGGCGUCCCGCUACUUAGACGGAUCCCCGUGCGUCUUCACUGCGGCGGCUGCGCUCCGUCUCCGGGAGAAGCGGUUCGCGUCUGGCGGCCGCCUAGCAGGAGAAACGGUUUUAUUCGGGCGGAUGAUGGACUGAGCCGCACUAGGUGCCGUAAGAAAAAGCUGCGAUUUCUUGCGUGUAUAAAUGAUAGAAGAUACAAUGACACUGUUGUCUCUUUUGGGUCGGAUCAUGCGUUACUUCUUACUCAGACCAGAGACCUUGUUCCUGCUAUGCAUAAGCCUGGCUUUGUGGAGCUAUUUUUUCCACACCGACGAGGUGAAGACCAUCGUCAAGUCCAGCCGGGACGCGGUGAAGAUGGUCAAGGGGAAAGUUGCGGAGAUCAUGCAGAAUGACAAGCUGGGCGGCCUCGACGUGCUGGACGCCGAGUUCUCCAAGACGUGGGAGUACAAAAGCCACAACGUAGCGGUCUAUUCCAUCCAGGGCCGGCGAGACCACAUGGAGGACCGCUUUGAAGUGCUCACCGACAUCGUCAACAAGAGCCACCCGUCCAUAUUUGGGAUUUUCGACGGUCACGGCGGUGAAGCCGCCGCAGAGUACGUGAAGACCCACCUGCCGGAGCUCCUGAAGCAGCACCUGCAGGCCUACGAGAAGGAGAAGGAGAACAGUGUGCUGUCCUACCCCAGCAUCCUGGAGCAGCACAUCCUGGCCAUCGACAAGGAGAUGCUGGAGAAGCUCUCGGCCUCCUACGACGAAGCGGGAACCACCUGCCUGAUUGCCCUGCUGUCCGACAAGGAGCUGACGGUGGCCAACGUCGGUGACUCCCGGGGUGUCCUGUGUGACAAGGACGGCAACGCCAUCGCUCUGUCCCAUGAUCACAAGCCGUACCAGCUGAAGGAACGCAAACGGAUUAAGCGUGCAGGGGGCUUCAUCAGUUUUAAUGGGUCAUGGCGGGUCCAGGGCAUCCUGGCGAUGUCACGCUCGCUGGGUGACUAUCCCCUGAAGAACCUGAACGUGGUCAUCCCAGACCCCGACAUCCUGGCCUUCGACCUGGACAAGCUGCAGCCUGAGUUCAUGAUCCUGGCGUCCGAUGGCCUGUGGGACGCCUUCAGCAACGAGGAGGCCGUGCGAUUCAUCAAGGAGCGCCUGGAUGAGCCGCACUUCGGCGCCAAGAGCAUUGUCCUGCAGUCCUUCUACAGGGGUUGCCCCGACAACAUAACCGUCAUGGUCGUCAAGUUCAAGAACAGCGGCAAGGCUGGGGAACAGUGAACGUGUGUGCGUGUGCGUGUGCGCGCGUGUGCUUGUAAGUGUGUGACCAGUGGCUGAAUGGAGGUAUAAAUAUAUAUCAUUUUAAAAAGGCAAGCCUGCAUUUUUUGAGGAACUGUUUCUACCUAAAAUAUUUACUGUACCUGUCCCGUCCUCUGCAACAUGGAACCCACACACGUUUUUUGGUUCAAAAAUGGUUAGGAAUGUCCCCAAUGAAUGAUGACCCUCAUAAUGCCGGUGCAUGUACCCUGUGGGUUGCUGAAUAACAAUAAUAAUAAUAAUAAUAAUAAUAAUAGUUAAAAAAAAAAAAAAAACCUUGCUUCACAUCAUUGUUCUGAUUCCAGAAGCUUUGGACAAUAAAAAUUUGCAUAUCAGACACAAUAACCUAAAAUAUGUCUCACCGCAAAUAUUGAUAAUUCAGGUUUUGAUCAAAAUCUUAUUGAAAUGUUAUUUUCCCGAGGUGUUAAUCGCAGACUGUCAUUAGCCCACGUAAAUGUCAUAUUUUUUGGUAAUAAGUCUGCAUCACUCUUUACGAAAGUCAAUAAUCUUGGAGAUGAUUCCCCUUUCCCAUAUUUCCGGAUGCCAGUGUUAGACCCUCAUCCAUGAUCCAGUGUAUGACCCACUGACCUGCCUGGUACUGGGAAAAUUAGCCGUUAGCCUUUGGCCGCCUCCAGAAUGUAGACAGAGCUCAUUAACUGUGUCGCCCGGCGUAUCUUUCGGCGAUGAUGCACUGCCUAACAAGUGGUGGACACUGGAGCCCGUCUACUCGUCUUGUUCUCUGCUGGACUCUCUGUGAAGACCUGUUCAGUGUACUUGUUUCCUCCUAGUAGUCUAACAUAUUAAUGCUAACCCAACCAUAGUGUUAGCAUCAGAUGCUAAUGUUACUGAUACAUACAGGAGCACGUUUCCUAGCUAGCUGACCUACCUGCCCUGGGAUUUGUUUGAACCUGCACCGUUAUGCCGAUCUGCUAAUAUUUUCCAAAACUCCCCCCCCUCUACUUUUUUCCCCGUUACUCUGCACAUCCCCGCUUUUGGCAGAAGAGGGUGCUGUUCUGGAUGUUGCAGCCUUCAUCAGUGGACAUUGGACCACCCUCUGUUGGCUCUUCAUCAGAUGCUGUCAGAUUCUCUGUAAAGUCCACUUAUCCUCAUUGGACACUUGUUAUGCUGACCAUUCAAUGGAGACAAACAUUUCAAAGUUGGACAUAUAUGACAUAAGGCAUCUUCAUUUAUGCACCUGCGUUCGUUCAGUUUUUGUCUUCACCAUUUCAAUUGGUUUUCACCUAAAUUUAUUUAUUCUGGUCCAUAUAGUAAACUAAUUAAUAUAUCUCUGUUUGUCUGCUCCUAAUUUGGUACUCUGAAAGUGUUUUGCGUAUUUGAAAAUUAGAUCUUAAUCUGUUCAUCACUAAAAUUUGUAUUUGCCUAUGUCAUUGAUCAGUUUGUGACUGUGGUGACCAACACUGGUCAAACUGACUGUAAUCUAUGCAGCUGUGAUUGAUUCGGAACCAGAUCUGACCUUUGGACAAGCGGAUUGGCUGAACGUGACAUGGAGUUGCUUGCACUCGCCUCCUAGCGUGUUGCACUCUGUUGUUUUAGCAUGUAUGCAACUGCACCCAAAAGUCAUUGGUUUUGGGCCUUGUAGUAUCUAGUAGGGACUUACAUGGCUGUGUGCCAGACUGUGCGACAUUUUGAUAUGGAGCUGCCCAUCAUCGAGAUGAAUACAGAACUCAGUGCAACCCCCCCCCCCCAAAUGCUAGUCAAACCAGUUCCUCUAGUGUGUGAACUAAUUUUCUUUGCACGCAUAAGAAUUGUACAUUUGAAUGAAAAAUUGGAAGCCUUCAAAUAAGAAUACGUACUUGCUGCCUUACUUUUGAAAAUAUUUACGAUUAUUCUCUCAUAUUUUGUUUGCCAAGAGUUAAUCAUGGUUUCUAGUGCAGCGUAUAAUGGAGAAUGCCAUGUGCAUCGCCCGUAGAUAUAGUCACAUUUUACUGUCAUUUCCACAUUGGUCUCUAAGAGACGGGAAAUUGCAGGAAGUGAAUGUACAUAUUAGAGGCUAUCCUAACCCUCCCCCCCCCCCCCCCCCAACAGCCAUUAAAUGUAAAAUAAAGCAUUAAGCGUCCUGUUUGGCAGAGUAAUGAUUUACUAGAAUUAGUAUGUUUUCUGUGCUUUUUUUGGUUGUAUAUUCUACCAGAACAAUGUAUGCGUUACCAAAUGUUUGUGGAAAUUUGUAUUUGAUUUUGUCGAAACUCUAAACCUGUAUAAAAGUAGUCUGGUGGAUUUUAAGAUCAACAAUUAACAAGUCCAAGAAAUAAAAUAUGACACUAUAAACAA